AUGAAAAGAGAAGCUACGACUCCGCCGGGACUCGAACCCGGAACCUUUGAAUCCCUUCAACCCUCUAGAAGUCCAAUGCGCUAUCCAUUGCGCCACGGAGCCACCUGUUGGAUUCCUCGCGCACCGCCUAUGGAGCCUGCGCGCGGCGGCACGGGCGGCAGCUCAGAGAGAGCGGCAGGGCUGGGUGCGCCCUGCUUCGGGCGCGUUCUGUUCCGCGCAGUAACAUGGCGCUUGUGCAGGGAGCCCCGGCUCGGCUGCCCCUGCCCGGGCUGCCAGGCCCCAGGUGGCGCGGAGUUCGGGUCGCGGCUGGAGGCAGAACUGCUCUAUUCACGCGGGGCCGGAACGGGGCCCGGUACAGGGCUGCGGGGUCCUCGUGCGCCGAGCGGCCGCGUGGCGAUCGGGUUGGAGACAGUAUCUGCUGAAAUUGGUACUUCGGUAUCUACGAGGAUGUCCACAAGGAGUAAAGCAAUUUGUAAACCUGAUGUAAUUCGGGAAUCUCAGCUGGAAGAGGUGGACCAUGCAGGAACAAAACCAGAUGUCAGUGAUAGCACCAAGAUGCAGAUUAGUAGAAAUGAGAAUACAGCUGUUCAUUCAGCACAAUCAUCUGCCGAUCCACAGGCUGAUGGAGAUGUGUCAGAGGCAGAAUCAAACUGCUCUGCCUUGUCUGGUCUUCAGACCCCUCUGUUUAUAAGAGUAACGAGAAGGCGACAAAUUGUAGUUCCUUAUCAACCAGCUUCUCUCCAAAAAAGACAUAACAGGACUGCUUCUCUAAAUGAGUUAAGCAGAACUGUGGAUGAAGAUGAUGUCUCUGAAGCUGAGUCUUGCUCCUCUGCUGUUUCUGAUGUCCGGAUGCCUAAUGUUACCAAAACUACAAGAAACAGACAAAGCAGGAAGAAGUUGCAAUCAGAUCUAGUUUGUGAAGCCCAGAGUGAAGAUAUCUCUGAUGCAGAGUCAUGCUGUUUUCAUAUGGAGCCAUCCAUUACUGCCAAACGAACUACUAGGAGCAUGCGAAUGAAACUGCAAGCAGAAAAUACUCAACAUGCUGAGAAAGUAAACAAAAUUGUUUCAAAACCUGAGAAUGUAAUUGAGGACACAAUUAAAUCUGAGUCAAAUCUAAUUUCUGACCCUGCUGCAGAAUUUAACGUAGAAAUUGCUUCCUUUGUCACUGAGUGUAAUAAAGAAUCUGGUCCACCUAAGAGCGAAUGUUCUCCCAAAUCUGCUAAUAUAGUCCCAAGUGAAGAUGUGGAACAGAACUUUUUGAAUGAUAUGGCAGCCAGUAGUCCUAAAAAAAUGGAAGAAAAAAGUACUACUGAAUCACCAGUAAAAAAAGCAUUAACAGAUACUCAGGUUGUUGGGGUAGAUGAUUCAGAGGAAGAAAGUGGCCAGAUACAGGAGGAGCACAGUAAAGUACCAGGAAAGGUGACAUUAAAGAAUAUGGAUGUUUGUUUGGUGGACUGCAUGAAUCCCAAACUGUUUUUAGAAUCCCCAGGGGAAAUAACACCAAAUGAAAAUGAAACAGUUCCAGGAAGCAGAAGAGUAGAUACUGAGGCAGCUGAUCAGAGACCUUCCACCCAUGCCUGUGAAUUAAGAAAGGGUGAACAGUCUAGUGCAGCAAGCAGCUCAGGGAAGGAUGUGUCUGUUGCACAAAUGACUGAUAGCAUAGUUAGUAGCUGUAGAAUGGUUGGAAUCAGUGUAGACAGCAGUAAAGACCAAGCAAGAGAAUGUGCUGAAUUUGUAUCCCAGAGCAGCGAAAGAUCCACUGAUGAAAACGAUUCAUUUGCAUUGUUACUGAGCAAAGAUGGAAGUGGUGAAUCUGAGAACUGUGAUGCAACAGAAGAGAAUCUGAGUGACACAGAGGCAGAAGAGAAGACUCCUUCCGUGAACAAAUCUUUAGAAAAGAAUUCACUGCACGUUGAAGGGCUUUUUGUAAUUGAUACUGAGCCUGGAAUGGGUUCCAGCCAGAAGUAUUACCUAGAUCAGGUAGAGCAAGGUAGUGAUGUUGGAAGUAAGCAUGAAGGGAGUGAAAAAGUUGAAGAAUCCUCAGAUCUAGAGGAGGCUGAAGAGGAAUUAAUAGAUGAAGAUGAGAAAGAUGAAGGUGAUGACUUGCUGAAAAAUAAAAUUGAUGUUUUGCAUCUUUCCAGCAGCAUAGACCCUGGUUUGAAUAUCAGGAAGCUUGGAGGUUUAUAUAUUAGCUUUGAUGGAAAAAAACAAAAACCUAGUUCAAGUGUAAUUAAGCAACCGAAGGAGAAAAAGAAGGACCAGCUCUUGCAGAAGAGUAUAAUAACUCCGGAUUUUGAAAGAAAGGAAUGUGUCCCACCCCUCAGGGAAUCGCUUCAGCAGCUGAAGAAGCAGCGCAGAGCAGAGCGAGAAAAGACAACAGGUGAUGGCUGGUUUGGUAUGAAAGCCCCAGAAAUCACAAGUGAACUAAAAAAUGAUCUUAAGGUGUUGAAGAUGAGAGCUUCUUUGGACCCCAAACAUUUUUAUAAGAAGAAUGAUAGAGAUGGUCUGCCCAAAUACUUCCAGGUUGGAACUGUGCUUGAUUCUCCCAUAGACUUUUACCAUAGUCGAAUUCCUAAGAAACAGAGGAAGAAAACAAUUGUUGAAGAGCUGCUUGCAGAUUCUGAGUUGAGAAGAUAUAAUAAAAGGAAGUAUCAGGAGAUCAUGAGUGAAAAAGCAGCUUAUGCAGCAGGGAAGAAGAAUCGGAAGAAGAAGAAAUUUCACAAUUAAGACUUGAAGAAAAAUAACAAGCUGGAACUACUUACUUGUCAUAAAUCUUUUCUCAGAUUGCUUUAAUUCAUGGUGUGAUUAUUUUUUUAUUUUUUAUUUUUAAGACUAAGGGUGAUGUAAAUUGGGAGUUAAGGAAUUUAUUGCAGUAGGAAUUUGAUAGAAGCUUUAUCAAAUUAAUUAGAUAUCUAAAAUUGUGUUUAUAUGAAAGACUGAUGAAAAUUAAUGUUUAUUUUAAAAGUUAAUGAUUUGAAAGCAUGUUGUUUAAUCUGAGCACAGCAUCCAACUUUAUGGGUUACGGCCUGAUCAGUUUUCAGUCUUAACGUGAAUGAAUGAGCAAAUUUAGUUUUAAGAUAAGUGUAUCAUUCACUUUGGCACCUGUUAUGUAUUGCAGACAAUUUUACCGCAUCUUAUCAGAAUGCUGCUGCCCAAAUAUGUAACAGGGUGUUGAGCAUUAGCUUGGUUGUAGAGAGUUUAUUUCAUUGUAGAGAGUUUAUCUCAACAGUGAAGAUAGCAGAGUUGAGAAUGUCCCAGAAUUCAGCAUAAAUGCAUAUACUUACAUGCAUACAUAUACAUAAUAUAUAUAAAUUAUAAAAUAUCUAACAUUUAUUAAUAAGUUAAUAAAUACAUGCAAUAAAUAAUGUGUAUUCGUACAUAAAAAUUUAAUAUCCAGUCUUACAUCACUUAAGCCUACCAUAUGAUUGUUUAAUGAUGUUAGUGACAAUAAUUUGGUAGUUGGGUCCAUUACUAGGGUACAGUAUCCAGACUAUGAUCUGAUAGCUGUUGAAAUAGUUCUUUAGGAAAAUGAAUGUGGUGAGUGGUAGAACUAAAGACAGUAUCAGUUCAGUUUCUUUUCUGUGUCAGUUCAUAACUUGUUGUGACCGUUAAGUAUUGGGCUUUUUGUUUGCUUUUUAAUGACCUUGCUCUUGUAUUGCUGUUUCAGUUAGUACAAUUCAGUUACUGUCCUUAGAUAGCAGAAACUAGAAGAGGGAGAACUAUCGCUGCAUUAUCUUGGAUGAACUGAGUGAGGCAAACUUAGACAAGGUUAUCAAAAGUCCAGCGAUGUUCAUUGUUUUAUUAUAAGAAGAAUGAAUUUCAGAGGUUGCAGAUUUUACACAAGAAUGAUGUUCUUGACCAAUGUUUAACCAUAUAAUUUUUCACACUGCUGGGUAAAUAGUUGGCCCCAAGUCUCAGCUAACGCGUAGAUAUUCCAAUGCAAUCAUAUGUGCUACAGUCUUGAACAUGUAAAUGAUAAAACCAAUAAAAACAA